GGAGAUCCUCUCGGACGAGGACAUGCCGAUGGAUGAAGCGGACAUGUUGGAACUGGACGCUCUGGACACCGACUACGACAUCGACGACGAAUGGUCCAUCGGUCUCGAGCCGUUCAACCCCUACCACUGCGAGCUGACCGCACCACAGUUCUUAGUCUCGUCGAUCCGUCGCUGUCGCGCUAUGAAGUGGAGAAGCGAAGGCAGCGUCCGCACGGCUUCGUUCACUCCGAGGAAGCCAGCAAGCUCAAGGACAUCCUCAAGGUCUUUGGAACGGCGGAACACACCGAGAAGUGGGUCGAGGCAAUGGAGAGCAUCCCAGGCAUCCUCACACCUGCACUCGUCUCCCUGGAAGCUGAGGAUCUUCUCACAGACGUACUGAGCACGCUCAUCGACUGGACAUUCGAGGGACUGGACUUUGAGAAGGCGAUCGCCCAGCCGUCGGCCGUCCACAAAGUACGACACAUGAAGUGCGGAGUCAAGAUGGCCGAGGCACUGUGCGCGACAUGUGGAGCCAUCUGUAAACGCAUGCUGGAUCGCGGGGUCGUGGAGCGUCUGCUGGACCUCUACCACGAGGAGUACAUGUCUCUCCCCGGUGAUGAAGCUGAGCCUCAUCGUCUCGCCCUCGAUGAGCUCACGCAGCUGGGGCUCGGUCUCGACUCAUUCCUCGGCUACGAGACCGCCUCGACUGAGACCGCCUCGACCGAGACCGCCUCGGCUGAGACCGGAUACCAGAGGGUGCUGCAGAUGCUGUUCACGACAAAGGCAACAAGGCUGAAGGUGGCGCUGAUGGCAUUGGUGCAGAAGUGCCAUUUCUACGAGGUGCUUGUUAGACUGGAGAAAACCGUGAACCAUUCGGUAGAGGCCUCUCUGCGCAGGGAGAGAAGCCAGGCGGUUGCUAUGGAGACGGAUGCGGAGGAUGCUGCUAGGACGAUGAGCGAGGCGGAUGCUGACACUGUCAUCACCUGCAUGGAUGAGAUUGCCGGCAUGCUCGUGCAGGCACCGCACGUCAUCGCGCAGUGCCGGCGCUCUCUGCCGGCCAAGGUGAUGUUCGAGGCACCGCCGCCGUCGCACGACCCCUACCCCGGCCUGUUCUCCCUGCUGAAGGCGAGGCGCGCGCUACGCUGUGUGCUCGUCGCGCUGACGAGCGUGUGCGGGGCGUCGCACGCGCGCUUGUUUUCCGCCGCGCAUGAGCUGCUGGUGCAGCUGACAGCGUCACAGCGAGGAUGCCUCGCGAUGCUGUGUGAGCCGGCGGUCGCUAACGCUCUCGUUCGCACGCUGCUGCAGACUGCCAGCGAGUACAGCAGGGAGGAUGCUGAGGAGAUGACGUCGCAGCAGCUAGGGCUUCAGCUGGUUCUCCGGCUUCACAGCAUCCAGCUGAUCGACGAACUACUGAAGAUGCACACUGUCGGCGGAGGGGGAGCAGCGAGGGACCUCGACUCUCACGAAGCACUCGACUGCAUCAAGGUGCUCUACAGUCUGACGUACACGCCACUAGGGCGCGCCGCCGUCGUGCUGAGUCUGUCUCAGGGUUUGAACCUCCAAGCACUGAUCCCAUUCAUCGACACGGCAGACGACAGCGAGGCGGCGAUCGUGGUGAGGAAGUCGGCGUGUGCGGGGUACGCGUCGAGCCUCAUUAUGAUGAUGGUCAGAUACUCUGAGGACAUCUCCUACCUAGAGACAUUCGGAAGGAAGCUGCACAACCUGUGUGAGCAGGAUGCCUUUACUAAAGCGGACGUGUUAAAGGAAUGGAUCCUGCCUGUGCGCCGAGUUCCCUCGCUGACCGCUAGCAGCGCCCCCGAGCAGCUAGCAAAGGAACUAAAGCAGUACGUCGAGCAGCUGGAGAGUCUGCCACCAGGUGUCGUCACCGUGCUGCGCAUGAUGAAGCACGCGUGCGUGCCGCCGACGCGCGGCGCAGGAGAUGGCACCACCGAGGAGCUGAAGUACAAGUACGCGAUCGUGCAGCUGUUCGGACACGACGUGCUCUCCAUGCUGCUCACCAUCCUACAGUCGAUCAGCGACGAGAAGAUAUCGCCGUGGCAACAGAGCGCGUCGCUCGUCUGCGGGCAGAUGCUCGUCGCCAUGGCGAUCCCGCUGCUCGCCGUCCUGCGCCACAUGCUCGCGUAUCUGAUCGGCAGCCGCGGGGUCGAGUUCCGCGACCUUUCCGCGCUCGCCGCGCUCCUGCGCGCGCACGCGGCGCUCUGCUGCGGCCCGUUGCCGGGGGUGACGGCCGACGACGCGCAGCGCGUGCAGACGGGCGCCGUCGGCGUGCUGCUCGCGUUCACGCAGCCGACGCUGCAGGAGGUGGAGUCGCACGAGGCGCUCAGCGGCAGUCUAUGGACGCUGAUGGUGCGCGAGGUGCUCGCGUUCGUUCUCGCCGCGCCGCGCUCGAUCUACUCCGGCGUCACGCUGCUCGCCGAGCUGCUCCCGCUGCCGCUGCCGAUACAGACAAGAGAGCAGCUGUCGGAGGAAGAGACGUGCGUCGCGGUGAACAGCCGGAAGCUGUGGGGCGCGCACCUGCAUUCGCUCUCCGCACUCGUGCAGCAGACGGUCCGCACGCUGGCGCCAUCUACGUGCCAGCCGCUGCACCACGCGCUGCGGCGCGUCUGCGUGCAAUUGGCCGAUCUCGCGGCGCCGACCGCCAUGAUGAUUGCGCGUGCUGUCGCGGACGCCCUGCUCGACAGCCUCAAGGUCAGUGUCAAGGUCGCUGGCGUGUAA